AUGAAAACUGACCGUGACGAAGUAGACCUGAAGGGGGCGACGGUGAUCGUUAACAGAUUCGUGGAAGAGCAGAGGGAGCGAGAUGAGCAGGAGGAAGGAAGUGAAGAUCGGGAAGAGGGUCAGGACUCUCCUAUCCCAUCAGGAGAUGACCUUCACUUCUGCGGUAAAAAGACACACCAAGGAGGUACAGAAUUUGAUGUCCAUGGCGGUGCCUCGCUCUAUACAUCACAUAGAUAUAUAAAGCUGAUGAAUUUUGAGGAGGAAGUGAGGGCUCACAGGGACCUGGAUGGCUUUCUGGAGAGGGCAAGUAUUCUGCUGCAUGAGGAUGAGGCAUCGCUAGACGACGUGCUGAAGACGAUGCUCCGGCACAUCUCGCAGGACCCGCACACGGCCGAGCCUGGCUGCAACUUUGAGGCGAUCAUGAGCUCACGCUUCACCGAUGCCGGCUCACAGGAGGUCAAUGACAGGUCUCCCAAUUUCCUUUUCUAUGAUAAGGUGCACCUGCUCUCUGAGACGCUACAGUGUGUGACAGCUACCGCUACGGGCAUCCAGUACCAGCAGUCCUGGCUCUGCAUCCUCUGCAAUGUGAAGAACUUACAAAGGCGGCAUGUGUGCAUCUCUCGGUUGGACCGUCCUCAGAACUGGGGGGAGAACUGUGCUGAGGUCCGCUUUGUCAUCCUUAUACUUGCACCUCUUGAGAUGAAAAGCACUAAGACGGCAAUGGAGCUUGGCCGGACGUUUGCAAGCAUGUUCUCAGACAUCUCAUUCAGGCAGAAGCUGCUGGAGAGUAAGACUCCAGAGGAGUUUAAAGAGGCACUGGUCAUUCAGAGGCACCACCUGACUGCUGCCAAGUGCAACACUACCGCUGUUGAGGAGGAAGAGACUGACCCACACAGCCAGAAGCCACUCAAGGUAUGUUCAGAUUCUGGUGGGUCUCAUCUCAUCUCAUUAAGAAACGAUGAAGAGGCCGUGUUGGACAGAGGCAGGACUCGCUCCAUGCUCAAUACCAACUUUGAAAAAGAGGAGUUAGAAGCAGUAGGGGCUGGAUGUACUCUGUACAUUGGUGUGCAUGUCCCAAUCAAUCGGAGGUCACACUGGCGACAUAGUCACCAUGGACAUCAUCUCAGGAAGAGGUCAAGAGAGAGAAACUCAGGAAUUGAGGACGGGAGGGAAUCGCCCUCAUACAAUACUCUGUCUCAGAGGGUGCAGUUUUUGUUGGGGAUGGAAGAUGAGGAUGAGGAGCACAUUCCCCACACACUUUUCAUUGAGCUGGAUGAAAUUUCUAUGAGAGAAGGAGAGGACACUGAGUGGAAAGAGACUGCGAGAUGGGUGAAAUUUGAGGAGGAUGUGGAGGACGGAGGGGACAGAUGGAGUAAACCCUAUGUAGCCACACUGUCACUGCACAGCCUGUUUGAGCUGCGCAGCUGCAUCCUCAAUGGCAUCGUCAUGCUGGACAUGAGCGCUAACACCCUGGAGGAAAUUGCAGACAUGGUUCUCGACCAGCACGAGACAUCAUUCACUCUCGGAGAGGAGGUGCGUGGGAAAAUCUGCAAUGCUUUUCUCAAACGGCACCAUCACCAAAACCAGAAAAAACUGGCCAACUGCAUCCCCAUUGUCCGCUUAUUCGCUGACAUCGGAAAGAAGCAGUCUGAGCCACACUUGUUGGAUAAGAAUGGUCAGAUGGUGUCACCUCAAUCACAGCUGUCCUGCACAGAAGGCCGAAGCGAUGGCAGUCAAGAGAACAGUGCAGUGGAUUUCAGUAAGAUCGAUCUCCAUUUUAUGAAGAAGAUCCCACCAGGAGCAGAAGCGUCAAACAUCUUGGUUGGAGAACUGGAGUUCCUGGAGAAACCAGUGGUGGCGUUUGUGCGGCUUUCUCCAGCUGUGCUGUUCGGUGGCCUGACUGAAGUCCCCAUCACCACCAGAUUUCUAUUUAUACUGCUGGGACCGAUGGGAAAAGGGCCUCAGUACCACGAGAUCGGACGCUCCAUUGGCACACUAAUGACAGAUGAGGUGUUCCACAGUGUAGCAUAUAAGGCAAAGGACCGCAGUGAUUUGAUUGCUGGAAUUGAUGAGUUUUUGGACCAGUUGACAGUGCUGCCACCAGGAGAGUGGGAUCCCACCAUCAGAAUAGAGCCACCCAAGAACGUGCCCUCUCAGGAGAAAAGGAAAAUUCCUUCUCUACCUAAUGUAGUGACUGACCUGGGAGAGACAGAGGAACAUGGAGGCCAUGGAGGACCUGAAUUACAGCGCACAGGAAAGUUUUUUGGAGGCUUUUGCCUUGAUGUAAAACGCAAAAGUCAUCACUACCUGUCUGACUUCACCGAUGCCAUGAGCCUGCAGUGUCUGGCCUCCUUCAUGUUCCUCUACUGCGCCUGCAUGUCUCCUGUCAUCACUUUCGGAAGCCUGCUGGGGGAGGCCACAGAGGGGCAAAUCAGUGCUAUGGAGUCUUUGUUUGGCACCUCUAUGACUGGGAUCGUGUACUCUCUGUUUGCUGGGCAGCCUCUCACUAUCUUGGGCGGCACUGGUCCUGUCUUGAUAUUUGAGAAGAUACUCUUCAAAUUCUGCAAGGACCAUGGACUGUCCUACCUCUCUUUGCGUGUGUGUAUCGGACUGUGGACGGCUUUCUUCUGCCUGAUCCUGGUGGCCACAGAUGCCAGUUCGUUGGUGUGCUACAUUACUCGCUUCACAGAGGAAGCCUUUGCUUCGCUAAUCAGCAUCAUCUUCAUCUAUGAAGCUCUGGAGAAACUAGUGCACCUGGGAGAUACAUAUCCCUUCAACAUGCACAAUGACCUCAACAACCUCACCCAGUACUCCUGUGUGUGCACGGAGCCAAACGAGCCAAGCAACAGCACCCUGCAAUAUUGGCAGGAGAAGAACAUCACCAGCUCUGAGAUCGACUGGUUAAAUCUGGAUGUCAAGAGCUGUGUGGAGCUCAAGGGUGAGUUCCAGGGCAGUGCAUGCGGCCAGCACGGCCCCUACGUCCCCGACGUCCUCUUCUGGUCCAUCAUCCUAUUCUUUGCCACCGUCGCCAUGUCUUUCUUUCUCAAGGAGUUCAAAACCAGCCGCUACUUCCCCACCAAGGCAAGUCUUCUAGUUCAGUAUAGGGAUAUUUAUGUUGAUGUUUGGGACUCUGUCCUCACUUGUGCAGGAGUGUUUCUGACUGUUUGUUUUCUAAUGCAGGUGAGGGCAAUCAUCAGUGACUUUGCGGUCUUCAUCACGAUUGUCACCAUGGUGGUGAUCGACUUUGUUCUUGGGGUUCCCUCUCCCAAACUGCAGGUCCCCAAUGAAUUUAAACCUACUAGAGAUGACCGUGGCUGGAUCAUCAGCCCUGUGGGACCAAACCCGUGGUGGACAGUCCUCAUCUCCUUCAUCCCAGCACUGCUUUGUACCAUCCUGAUCUUUAUGGACCAGCAGAUCACAACUGUCAUCAUUAACAGGAAGGAACACAAGCUGAAGAAAGGCUGUGGCUAUCACCUGGACCUGUUUGUGGUGGGUGUGAUGCUUGGAUUGUGUUCAGUUAUGGGACUACCGUGGUUCGUGGCUGCCACCAUCCUCUCCAUCACGCAUGUGAACAGCUUGAAGCUGGAGUCCAAGUGCUCAGCGCCAGGAGAGCAGCCCAAGUUUCUGGGAAUCAGAGAGCAGCGCCUCACCGGACUCAUGAUCUUCCUCCUCAUGGGCUGCUCUGUCUUCAUGACUUCCGUCCUAAAGUUCAUCCCAAUGCCUGUGUUAUACGGAGUUUUCCUGUACAUGGGGGCGUCGUCUCUCAGAGGCAUACAGUUCUUUGACCGUCUGAAGUUGUUCGGGAUGCCAGCGAAACACCAGCCCGACUUCAUCUAUCUGAGACAUGUUCCUCUGAGGAAGGUCCACCUGUUCACCAUCAUCCAGCUCAGCUCCCUUGUCCUCCUCUGGGUUACUAAAACCUCCAACGCUGCCAUCAUUUUCCCCAUGAUGGUGUUGGCGUUAGUUAUCAUCCGUAAGCUGCUGGACUGCAUCUUCACAAAGAGGGAGCUCAGCUGGCUCGAUGACCUCAUGCCUGGGAGCAGCAAGAAGAAAAAAUUGGAGCAUGCACAGGAAGGGGAGAACCACAGUGUGAUGGUGGAGGAUGAGGGAGUUGUCCAGGUGCCACUUGAAGGGCAUAACAAAUCUCCAGUGAAAGACAUCACGAGUUCUCAGCAAACAGAAGAGGUGAUAGACUGCAACAUUGACCAGGAGACGAGUUUCUAA